AUGGGCACACAAGCAAUCAGAGAGAAGUUCAUCAACUUGAGGAAGCGGCUUGACCAGUUAGGCUACAAGCAACCACUUAUCUGGACUACUGAGAGUCUGCGAAACGCGAAGAGUGAACUUCUUUCUCAAUUCAAAUUACGAUCAAAUAUCGAAGAUUAUGUGUCUGCCUACAAAGCGGAUAAUGGGCGAUUGAUUCGAGAUAAUAACGACCUCCACAGACAUCUGUUAGCCUUACGGCAAGAUAUAGAGGAGAAAAUGAGAGCUUUCGAUGCAAAAUACAGAAGAUCCGAAGGAGAAAACAAGGAUUUAAAGUUAUUCAAUUCCCAGUGUAUGGAAAAGAUUAAGGAAUACGAAGUCACGACAAAACGAAUGACUGAGCAGCUCACACUCUUACAGGACAAGAAUUCUCAAGCGGUUAUGCACACUCCUGGUAAGAUCUGCAUUGUACAUGUUCCCUUUGGUUUUUACUACCCUACGCCUCACUUGUCUUGGCGUAUGAUAACUUGA